AAAUCGCACUCGAAAUCUCAAGCCCACGGAGACGAUAACUGGAAUUCCCACUGUUUCGCGUGCGAACGACAGCAGAAGAAACCCCUCCAUCGUCGCUGGUCUCUACCUGUGAUACGGAUACCCCACACUUUGGUUCUGCAGUAUAGUCCACCGUUGCUGCCGCCAUGUCUACGCCGGAGGAAAAGGCGACGGCCUUCAAGAACCAAGGCAAUAAGGCCUUCGCUUCUCACGAUUGGCCUGCUGCUAUCGACUUCUACACCAAGGCCAUUGAGCUGAACGACAAAGAGCCAACGUUCUUCACCAACCGCGCUCAGGCAAACAUCAAGUCUGAAGCAUAUGGAUAUGCCAUUGCAGAUUGUUCAAAGGCGAUCGAGCUCAACCCCAACUUCGUAAAGGCAUACUUCCGCCGAGGCCUUGCCCAAACCGCCAUUAUCAGACCAAAGGAAGCUCUUGGUGACUUCAAGAAGUGUAUAUCGCUCGACCCGAACAACAAGGAUGCCAAGUUGAAGCUGGACGAAUGCAGAAAGAUUGUUCGCAAGUUGGACUUCUUCGCCGCCAUCGAGGUCGGUGACGAGCCGUCAGCUGCGGAAGGUCUCGAUCUUAGCACCAUCAGCGUCGAAGACGACUAUGAUGGCGUUAGAUUAGGAGAGGAGAUGACACAGGAGUUCGUCGAUGACAUGACGGAGCGUUUCAAGAACGGCAAGAAGAUCCACAGGAAAUAUGUCUACCAAAUCAUCCUGGCCGUCAAGAAGCUUGUCUAUAACGAGCCAACCAUGGUGGAGAUGAAGAUUCCUGAGGGCACACAACUCACAGUUUGCGGUGACACACACGGCCAAUAUUUUGACCUUAUGGAGCUUUUCCGUCUCAACGGAACGCCCAACGACAAGCACUACUACCUGUUCAACGGUGACUUCGUCGAUCGUGGAUCAUGGUCUUGCGAAAUCGCUCUUCUGCUCUACGCAUACAAGUGGCUCCGACCAAACGCUUUCUUCCUGAACCGUGGUAACCACGAGACCGACGACAUGAACCGUGUAUACGGUUUCGAGGGCGAGUGCAAGGCCAAGUACAACGAGAGAAUCUUCAAGCUCUUCUCGGAGAGUUUCUCGGCCUUGCCCCUGGCAACUCUGAUCGGCACCAAGUACCUCGUGCUGCACGGCGGUCUGUUCUCAGACGACAAGAUCACUUUGGACGACAUCCGAAAGCUCGACAGACAUGCCCAGCGCCAGCCUGGUCAGGCCGGUCUCAUGAUGGAGAUGUUGUGGACGGACCCUCAGGAGGAGCCCGGCCGCGGCCCGAGCAAGCGCGGUGUUGGUAUGCAGUUCGGCCCCGAUAUCACCAAGAGAUUCUGCGAGAACAACGGUCUCGAGGCCGUCAUUCGCAGUCACGAAGUUCGCAUGGAUGGCUACGAGGUGCAGCACGACGGUCGUUGCAUUACUGUGUUCUCUGCGCCAAGAUACUGCGACUCCACCGAGAAUAGGGGAGCGUACAUCAACGUUGGCCCCGAUUACAAGCUCGACUUCAAGCAGUUCGACGCCGUUCCUCACCCGGAUAUCAAGCCUAUGGCGUAUGCCCAGAGUUCUCUCAUGUCUUCUCUGAUGUAGUUCGAUGAUAUGCGGACCAUCGUCCGUAGGGUAUGAGAUGGUAUAGUUUGUAUCCGCAGCAUACACGGUGCAUGUGAUCGGCGCAUAUAAGGGGCUGGGUGGCAGCGUGGGUUUGGCCAUGCGGAUA